AACACUCAUAAAUAAGGAGUCUAUGCUUGGAUUUGACCUAAAUUCCUCGACCCCUAAAGAUCCGCUAUUGUUUGUCCCAACAAGUGAAACCAUUCAUGUAAGAAAACAUCUGGGAGCUUCAAUAGUGUCUUUGUGUCCUCGAAGCAUCCUUCGUUUUCUGACGGCUCCUCUUCCUCAUCACCGCCAUCUCUGUUUCAGCAGCCGCUUGACUCGUGCUGCCGACGUAUGACCCUGUUGCCGCAGGGAUUCUGCCACCUGCGGCGCAGCCUCCUGCACAGAUGUUCACCGGACUGAGCGUCUGAGCAGCCGAGUCACAUGCUGCUGAUGCAGCAGGAGAGGAGACGGCGUCAAUCACAUCAUUACACUCUCCCAGAAACAUUAACUGACUGACGCUGCUGCACAGACACGGGCUGCGUGGUGCGUUCAGGGUCACACACUCUGGAGAUGUGAUUUAAAAAAAGCCUCGCUCCUCCUCAUCCUGCCAAAAACCCAGACGAAGCAGCUGAUUGGUCACUGGUGCUGGAGGGAGUCCCCUCCCGCUGAGGAGGCUGCAUAAAGUCACACACCACCUCAGGCCUUACAGUUGUUGCUCAGCACAAACCAUGACCACCUUUGACGACAUCUUGGAGGAAGCCGGGAAGUUCGGCCGCUGCCAGAAGCGGAUCUUCGCCCUCUUCUGCCUCCUGUCUGUUCCCUUUGCAGGUGUGUACGUGGGCAUCGUCUUCCAGGGCUUCACCCCGGACCACUGGUGCCGGGACGCGGCGGUGAUGGACUGGAGGCGGACGUGCGGCUGGAGCCCGGCCGAGGGCCGCAGCGCCCUGCUGCCGCGCGUCAACCGCUCCGGCCUCCAGCAGCAGAGCAGCUGCGAGCAGUAUGAGGUGGACUGGAACAACACGGCGUUCACGUGCGACGCCGAGGAGCUGGACCUCAGCCAGUCGCCCACGGCUGCAUGCGCAGGCGGCUGGGAGUACGACUACGAGGGCCGGCGCUCCUUCGUCACGGAGUUUGACCUGGUGUGCUCCAACGGGUGGUGGGUGGACAUGUACCAGGCCUCGCUCAACGUGGGCUUCCUGGUGGGCAGCAUCGCUAUCGGCUACCUGGCCGACAGGCUCGGCAGGAAAAUGACCUUCCUCAUCUCCAACUUGCUGAAUGGGAUCGCGGGGAUCCUGGUGGCUCUGGCUCCGGACUACGUGUCGCUGCUGGUUUUCCGGACGCUCUACGGCUUCGGGGUGAAGGGAGGCUGGGUGGUGGGAUACGUGCUGAUCACUGAGCUCGUGGGCGUGGAGUACAGACGCACGGUGGGGGUCCUGUACCAGAUGUUCUUCAGCGUGGGCAUCCUCCUCCUCCCUCUACAGGCCUAUUACAUCACUGACUGGCGCUGGCUGCAGGUCGUCAUCACCGUCCCCUACAUCCUCAUGCUGUCUUACUACUGGUUUGUGCCUGAAUCUCCGAGAUGGCUGCUGUCUCAGAACAAGAAAUCCAAAGCUGUGAAGAUCACGGAGGACAUGGCCAGAGAAAACAACAUGUCUCUGUCCAAGAAAAUCGAGUCGAUGGCAGAUGACAACGCCGCCUCCUCCUCCACCGCCUCCUUCAUGGACCUGAUCAGAACCCCGAAGAUUAGAAAACACACCUUCAUCCUCAGCUACAACUGGUUCACCAGCGCCGUCGUCUACCAGGGCCUCAUCAUGAGGCUGGGCAUUCUGGGAGGAAACGUCUUCCUCGACUUCCUCAUCUCGGGCCUGGUGGAGUUUCCCGCCGCCUUGCUCAUCCUCCUCACCAUCGAACGCGUCGGCCGCCGCCUUCCGUUCGCCUCUGCCAACUUCGUGGCUGGAGCCUCCUGCCUCCUCACCGCCUUCAUCCCUGACAGUAUGUUCUGGUUUAAGACCAUCGUGGCCUGUAUCGGUCGACUGGGCAUCACCAUGACCUUUGAGAUGGUGAUAUUCGUGAACACUGAGCUCUACCCAACGUUUGUCAGGAACCUGGGCGUGUCCGUCUGCUCCACGCUGUGUGACGUCGGCGGCAUCGUGGCCCCGUUCCUGCUCUACAGACUGGCUGUGAUCUGGCUGGAGCUGCCGCUCAUCAUCUUCGGAGGCCUGGCCUUCCUGGCUGGUGGCCUGGUUCUGCUGCUUCCUGAGACCCGAGGCGUGCCGCUGCCCGACACCAUCGACGACAUCGAGUUCCCCAACAGUGCGAAGGAGAAAGCUGCGCAGACGACCCAGCAGUUGAUCAACUUGUUGCCCAACGACGACAUAUUCACCAAGAAAUGUGCCGAGGCGUGUGACAUCGCCGUGUGAAGCCGAGGAGUCAGUACACGGCGCUGCACUAGGGGGCGCUGUGAGAGUCCAGCUCAGCAGCCAAGUACAGAACCUGAGCUGCUGCUUUGACUGAAGCCAGCAGCGCAGGCGCCACAUGGGAAUUAUCAGCACGAUGUGUGAGAGCGACGCCGUGGGGCCGUCAUUUCCCCACAGUUUGUCUUUAUGUGUGAAUAAUGUCCAGUCAAAUCAACUGAGUCUCUCCUGGAUCACUCACAGUUAAUGUCAGUGAUCCAGGAGAGAAAACAGUCAUUAAACACAGUCAUCAGGUCAGUUUACACACGAAACAUCAUCAAGAGAUAAAACAGGUUUAUUCUGUAAUAAAGUAAACAGAAGAGGAAACAUAUCAAACACACCUGAUCCAAUAUUAGCCGUUGGAUCAGGUGAGAGCCGUCUUUUUCCCAUCAUGCAGUUGGUUUCUGUUUUUAUUGCUAAGUAUAUGAAUGUGAAAUAGUAAUUGUACUGAGGUAGACAAUGUUCUCUCAUAGACCUUUAGUUGCUCAUCUGUUUAUCUUAGACGCCGCGUCCUGUUUAGUUCCUGUUUAGUUCCUGUUAGUGGCGUGUGUUGACCCUGGUUCUGGGCCCGGUCUGACCCACGGUGCUGAACUCUGCCCCCAGUGGCCGCAGCCUGAACGCGUCUGAGCCUCAGCAGGUGUGAGGCAUCAGCCUGAUGUGUUUGAGGUCAGGACCCAGAGACGCUGCUUUAGUCAUUAGACACUUUGGGAUUUGAAUCGCGCUGUAAGUAAGUGAUUUUCUUCUGAGUUUGGAGCCGCUGUUGAUUUCUGUUAAGAACAUGUUGCUUUAUAUCAGCAUUCCUCCUCCACAAGGUAGUUAAAUGUUUUUAUUAUUAUUUUUAUUAGAUGCCAGAGAAAGUGUAAUGCUCUGGCUUUUCUGUAUAAACUGGUCCUCACAAAGUAAAAUAUAACUGUUUUUAAUAAAACAAAUGUUUGCUGUU